GCCAGCAGCGUUGUUCAUAUAGCGAAAGCUAUAUCCAGAAGAAACUGACCCUUCACAGAAUUACACAACAAACACUGUCCGGAUGUAAUGGCGGAAACAUCACUAUGGAAUUACAUAUUUAUGCGCACGUCCAUCUUUGUCUUGCACCUCAUCGCGCCCCUGAGCAUCGUGGUCACUCUCAUCUUAUCACUAGUACCCCUCCCAUUUCAGAUUCCGGCGUUUCUCAAGGCAUGGUUUAUUCUUGAAGCACUUUUCUAUAUCUUUGUAUACCUUCCACUUAACAAGCACCUUCAAAAACCCGCAAACCAUCCUGCUGCGCCCUGCCGAGACGAUCGCCAAAAGCUGUUCCAACAAUGUCACGACAAUAUUCCAGACGCGGGACAGUAUCUAAGGAGGUGGUUUCGCGAUGCACCAGAGCAUGAAAUAAAGCGUGAGAACGUUAAGGAAUUCUUCCGAUGGGGCUUUUUCAACAUGGAAGAUUCUGAUUCUACGUAUGAUGACGAGCUAGAAGAGUAUAUCGAGAAACUGGAGGAGCUGCUCGAGAAAAAGUUGGAGCCUGGGAGGGGAGAUGCUAAAUGCCUGCGCAUGACUCUUGACAAGGUCGAGAUGCUUCAUCGAAGCUUAACAUGGUACAUGUGCAUCUUUGUUGUCGACACUAUAGCAUCAGCUUAUAUGCUGUACCAUUCUUUCAGCUUUCACCGAACAUCGAUCUCCCAGUUCUUUACCACUUUUCCACUUCGGCCUCUAAGUCUACUUACGCACUAUAAGUCUCCCGCGAAGAGGCUUACCUACUGGCACCGGCCGCAUACGUCCAAAACAAGGCUACCUGUUCUCUUCAUUCACGGCAUCGGUGUGGGACUUUAUCCCUAUGUGAACUUUCUGGCUGAACUCAAUGCGACCGGUAGUGCAGAUGGAGAUGUUGGCAUCAUUGCUGUCGAGAUCUUAUCAGUAAGCUCUCGCAUCACAGGCCCGGCUAUGUUGAAAGAGGAAAUGUGCGAGGAGAUUCAUCGAAUAUUGUCUUCACACGGAUGGGGAAAUUGCGUCUUGGUCUCUCACUCAUACGGUAGUGUUGUCGCCGCCCAGCUUCUUCGAGACCCCAAGAUCUCCGCCAGCAUCGGCCCCGUUGUGUUCAUUGAUCCGGUGUCUUUCCUGCUACAUCUGCCUGAUGUAGCAUAUAACUUUAUAUGUCGACGCCCAAGUGAGACUAAGGAACACUUACUGUCCUACUUUGGCUCGAAAGACAUAGGUAUCGCUCAUACGCUAUUUAGGCGCUUCUUCUGGGCCGACAAUCUACUGUGGAAGGAAGACCUACAAGAUCGACCUACGGCCGUGGUUUUGGCCAGUAGAGACAGUAUCAUCGAUGCGAAAUCGAUUCGGGCUUAUCUUGUUGGCUCAAAAUAUUGGGCGCAAAGUCCAAAAAGAGAGCCAGGAGUAGUUGAAAGGGAUAGUAAAUUGGAUGUGAUCUGGUUUGGUGGCUUAGACCAUGGUCAGGCCUUAGAUCACAAAACGACAAGACUGCGUCUGGUUGAGACUGUUCAAGCAUUGUGCAACGAGGCUGCAAGUUCUGGAAUGUCGGUGCAGGUCAGAAAGAAGCGUUUGAACGGUCUCUUGUAAAGCGAUUUGCUGUAAGGAUGUCUAGGAGUUGAAAGAGUCUUGACUCAUUUCUGCAUUUCGUAUCACCAGUGAUUACGGCUCGUAUAUAUGGCAUUAUGGAGCUGUUUGCUUUCGUGUUUGCACCAAUCUACCUUUGCUUGUUCGGUAUCCUGUCAUCCCAAUUUAACGUUUGUUUUAUCCACCCAUGGGCACUGCAUGCAAAGUCCCAUGUUUGCUGAUGCGUUGAUGCCUUACGGAUUGAUUGGAUCAGGG